GUAUAAUCGGGGUUACAUGUACAAGUAUCUUCCCGCCUUCCGUUCUCCUCCUUUCCUGAGGCCCAUGCGGGGUAAUCCACGUGUGCGCUGUCCUGUUUUGUUUGGACACAUGGGUCGCUGCCGUUCAAAGAUGAAAUGAUUUUCCGGUUUUCCUGUGUACGCUAUGAACAUUUAUAAACUUUCUCUCGAGACACGAGUUGUAUAGUAUUCAAGCACCAUAACGUCAUCCAUGCAUCGUGUAACCUAGAUUUUCUUCCGAAAGAGUCGUCUGCUAUUUUGACCCCGAAGCACGUUCACGCUACCCCGGUCUGAGUUGAUAUUGCUGAAAUUACAUCGGAUGUGCGACAGACGAGACCGUUACCGUCCUGUCGUCCGCACCCCCAGGCUCACCGUACCCUCACCCCCGGGGAAGGGCUGACCAGGGUGUGGCUAGAUGUGGAGGGACGCAUGCAGUCGGUUUAAAUGUCUCUCCAUGUGCGGACCCCUCCUAUCGGAGACAGUAAUGCCUUUGCCUGGGAGGCUCCUGAGGGUUCCAGAUUUGGUAUCCUGGAACUCAGGAAGGAGAAGUCGCGUGAUGCUGCUCGGUCAAGGCGGGGUAAAGAGAAUUAUGAGUUCUACGAGCUAGCCAAGCUUUUACCCCUUCCGCCAGCCAUUACUAGCCAGCUGGACAAAGCCUCCAUCAUUCGGUUGUCUAUAAGCUAUCUCAAAAUCCAGGACUUCUCGUCACAUGGUGACCCGCCCUGGGCUCAGAAUGCUGCUCACGCCAAAUCUCUCAAAGGGCACAGCCGUCGACGCAAUAUCGCCAAUCUAGCCCUCGACGUGUUUGAAUCUCAUCAAGGCACCCAUAUUUUACAGUCACUGGAUGGGUUUGCGUUUGCUCUGGCAAGUGAUGGGCGAUUCCUAUACAUAUCCGAGACAGUUUCUAUAUACCUCGGCCUUUCACAGGUGGAGGUCACCGGCAGCAGUAUAUUUGACUACGUCCACGUCCAAGAUCAUCAAGAACUGGCCGAACACUUAGGAUUGGGAUUUCCUCACACCUCCAGCAGUAGUGGUGCCCCGUCCCCCGGAUCUCAAUCAGACGAGGGCUCGGCCCCCUCGACACCCUGUGUCCUGUCCUCCCCACUCCCAGAAAGAGCCUGUCUGAUGUCGCCAAAUGAUAAGUCGGUAGAGCGGUCAUUUUGUCUGAGAAUGAAGUCGACGCUGACAAAGCGAGGCGUACAUGUUAGGACGUCCGGGUACAGGGUUGUGUAUGUUGUGCUAAAACAGCGCCCCCAGAUCUGUUUUUCCCUGAACAGGAAGCAUCCCCCUCAGAUCAUGGGUAUGGUGGGUUUGGCCAUCGCCCUGCCUCCCCCGACCAUCACAGAACUCCGUAUAGAGAGCGACACCUUCAUUAUGAGGCUCAAUCCAGACUUCAGCAUCAUUUACUGUGAUACAGCGGUUUCCGAACUGACAGAUUGGUCCAGUGAAGAUAUCAAUAAUAAAAUAUUGUACGACUUCUGCCACCCUGGUGACCUCAAGAAACUACGCAGAUCUCAUUUAGACAUUAAUACGAAGGGCCAGGUGCUGUCUGAUUAUAUGCGGUUGAUGAACAAGUGUGGAGGGUAUGUGUGGAUCCAGGUGUGUGGUACAACCCUGUACAGCUCAAAAACGUCCGACGACCACACGAUACUGAUCAUCAUUUAUGUACUGAGUGGUGUGGAGUAUGGAGGCUGUGUGAUGGACACAAGUCAGCUACUGACCACAGGACCAACAGAGACUGACCAUUCGGACAACACUGACCAAAGCGAGCAGGGCUCAGACCAUGGAGGCAGGGGUCACAAGGACAACUUUCACCGCCCGGGGGCGAGUCCUGGAAGUGACAGUAAGGACCCUUCGAGUCUGAGAGUCACAUCGCCCGUGUCUAGUUCCACGACACUGCAGCGGUCAGUUAGGUCGGACUCUCAGGAGGCUGACAGCAGUCAUGACAAUAAACCAUUCAUUGUGAAUAGUACACAGACCAAUAAUAAUUUUCAUUCCAAGAAUUGUGAAUCCACAGUGGGCAAUGUCCUGCAGGAUAAAGUACAUUUGUUGAAAACUGACUACAAAAAUUCACGUAGAAAAGCUGACCGACCAAAGCGUCGGCGACGAGACUAUGAUGUAGACUGUCUUAGUGCAGAAGUAGAGGACUUCCAGUCUUCUGUGUCCAAACACAGCUCACUGGACCAGGACAGGUGUUGUGAGGUGAGCUCUGUCUGUCAGACCAACGCCAUCAUGGGCACUGUGGACAGUACUGAGCGGUCAAGCUGUAGUGUUCCCGAGGAUCUCUCUCUCCACAACUUCACCAUGAGGCAGGCUGCCGUGGUCAGCACCCCGGGCUGCGAAUCUCAAAAUAACAUUUCUGUCAGUUGCUGGCAGAACGGCACCAAAGAACGCAAAAAGGAGCGAGACAUGCGAGAGAAUCCGUCCAGUUCUGUCAAGGACUUGGAGGAUGUCAUGAAUAAACAUUUGCCAAAUCUGACCAAUCACAUUGAAGCAGGUGUAAGGACUUCCCCUAAUGAUCUCACAUCAAGUCGGCACAUGUCCAGCUCUUUACAGAAGCAGCACUCAACCAUCCAGUGGCGGGCCAGCACCGACACUGACACUCUGCCCGCCUCCACUCUGUUACGGACACUGUAUGCUAAUAGGGAGUCCGUCAUACGCAGCAGUGCCCGCCCCCAGUGUUUUAGUGGGGACAAUACACAGGGUGUAGACUCCGUCGAUAUGCUCACCCCGCCCAGUAACGAGGCGAGUCUCAAGGAACAGCUGACGCUGAAUAUCCCUCAGAUUACUGUGAACAAUAGUAAGUGUGUGCAGGGGGGCUACACAAAUCCUUUAUCAGUUACGGUUCACAGCACUCUCCCAGACAGCUUCUCCAUGACCCCGCCAUCAUCUGUGUCACCCGAGGACAAGGUCACGACCUCCUUCAUGGAGACGAACUUUGACCCCAGUCCAGUCUCAUGUCACAUGGUAACUGGUCCUACGGCAACCAACCCAGUGAAGUCCAUGGCCAUGUCACCCCCAUCACAGGCUAUGCCCGCGCAUACAGACUACAAUACGUGCAGCAAGGUUGGCUACGGCAACAUGAGUCCGUAUCAGAUUGCCGAAUACCAACAGUACCUACACAAUGGUGCCCCUAACUCCCUGUACGACGCUAGACCAGAGGGCUGGUACCCUGUCUCCUACACAUCAUAACCCAGGAACAUACCUAACGGUGGUGCAUAUAAACAUAUAACUGGGCAGAGUUGUUCAGAUCUUGAUGAUCUGAAUGAUAUACAUACAGGAAUUUGACUCAUUCACCCCUGAAGACACAUUUGAACUCACCCAAUUCAAUGGUUGGAAUAGUCCAUUAUGAAAUUUCAGGGGUGAAUAGAGUUAUUAGCUGAUGUUGUUGUUUUGAAAAUAUUAGAACUUGCAGACAUGUACAGGUUAAGUAUUAGAAAAUGCUCACUUGAGGACAGCAAACAAACAAUGAUUUAUACGCUCUAACAUGUUAAAGAGGAAUAUUGAUUCGAACAAGGCCAAAAAGAAAAAUAUGUGUUUCAUGUCCCAUGAACUACACUAGUUUUACCUCUGACCCUAACAGUUUUAUCUCGCUCAAAUGCACUCCAUCCAGUGUUGGGAUAACUUUUCCACAGGAUGAAAACAAAUUUAUGGACGAAAAAACCAGGUAACUAUAUAUAUACCCUCUUUACUUCAUAGGCAGGUAUUAAAACCAAAUUUAUGGACCCAUAUUAUUUAAGAUUUAAAAAUAUGUUUGGUGAUUUUUGUAAUCCCCUCUCAGAACAAAAAAAAAAAACCACAUAUAAAAUGAAAUAAAAAAUAAAUAACAACCAACCUACCGUAAUGUUUUUACAGUCAUGUUACCUGAAACAUACAUAAUAUUUAUAUAUUUUGGCCUAAUGUUAACAAUUCACCAAGGUUUCUAGGAAUUGUUUAAACAGGGGUAUUUACUGUGAAUUUUAUAGGUACCAACUGUUUUCUAGUACAUUAUGUAGUACUUUGUUCAAGACAUAUGUUGUACAUGUACUAUUAAUUACAGUACAGUACUAAAGUUAUUAGUGCUAACUAUAUUGCUCCCAUAGAAUAAUACUAGUGUAGCUACCAAUGAUUGACAGACAAUAUAGCCGGUUGAACAAGCCAAUGGGAUUUCAAGGUACAAACAUGCUUUCUACAGUUUUAAUUUUUUGAGUGGAAUAUUUUUUGUCUUUGCGUGAAAAAGUGUGAUAUUAAAAUCAUGGUUUUGAGAUGUAAUGUCUAAAUUUUCUCUCAACUAGAAAUGUUCCCGAUCAUGUUAAAAUCAUAGAUUUGCCAAAAAAAAAAAUACACUGCCAUGAAAGGUGUUCCUGUAAACUGCAUGAUAUGAUAGUGAUGUUGUUGUUCUAAUACAAAUUUGUUGGUUUACUUACUGCUGAAGAAAUGUAUACAUGUACUAUACAUUGCCAAAGAAUGUAACCUGUUAAACACUCAAGAAAGUUAUUGCUUUAGAAAAUAUGUUCCCUUGAUCAUGUGUGCCAAAUUACAGGAUACUUGAUUACGGGGUCCAAAUUACAAUUUGGACAUUUUUCAAAUGGAUUUUAAUAUCAACAUAUCCAUCCUGGCUGAUUGUAUAAGAGUUUUAUAUCAACUAUCAGUUUCAGCAUGCAUUUAUCAUUAUUAUAAGAUAUACUACAAACUGUUCAGUACCCAAGUGUCAGUUAGUCCUUUUAAGGUCAUUGGAACUACGGUCUGCAUAUCACUGUUUCUGUUUCAAACAACUUUUACCCUAGUAGAUAAAAAAAUAAAUAUAUAUACAUAUCUGAAAAUGUUGUUCUCUUAACCAUUUACAGCUAUACAACUCAGAGAGGCACUAUACAAAAAUUCAGAAUAGAAAGGCACUAUACAAAAAUUCAGAAUAGAAAGGCACUAUACAAAAAUUCAGAAUACAAAAAUUCAGAGUAGAAAGGCACUAUACAAAAAUUCAGAAUAGAAAGGCACUAUACAAAAAUUCAGAAUAGAAAGGCACUAUACAAAAAUUCAGAAUAGAAAGGCACUAUAACAAAAUUCAGAAUAGAAAGGCACUAUAACAAAAUUCAGAAUAGAAAGACACUAUAACAAAAUUCAGAAUAGAAAGGCACUAUAACAAAAUUCAGAAUAGAAAGGCACUAUAACAAAAUUCAGAAUAGAAAGGCACUAUAACAAAAUUCAGAAUAGAAAGGCACUAUAACAAAAUUCAGAAUAGAAAGGCACUAUAACAAAAUUCAGAAUAGAAAGGCACUAUAACAAAAUUCAGAAUAGAAAGGCACUAUAACAAAAUUCAGAAUAGAAAGGCACUAUAACAAAAUUCAGAAUAGAAAGGCACUAUAACAAAAUUCAGAAUAGAAAGGCACUAUAACAAAAUUCAGAAUAGAAAGGCACUAUAACAAAAUUCAGAAUAGAAAGGCACUAUAACAAAAUUCAGAAUAGAAAGGCACUAUAACAAAAUUCAGAAUAGAAAGGCACUAUAACAAAAUUCAGAAUAGAAAGGCACUAUAACAAAAUUCAGAAUAGAAAGGCACUAUAACAAAAUUCAGAAUAGAAAGGCACUAUAACAAAAUUCAGAAUAGAAAGGCACUAUAACAAAAUUCAGAAUAGAAAGGCACUAUAACAAAAUUCAGAAUAGAAAGGCACUAUAACAAAAUUCAGAAUAGAAAGGCACUAUAACAAAAUUCAAAAUAGAAAGGCACUAUAACAAAAUUCAGAAUAGAAAGACACUAUAACAAAAUUCAGAAUAGAAAGGCACUAUAACAAAAUUCAGAAUAGAAAGGCACUACAUUGUUUAAAAAAAAUCAGAACAAAACUCCACUUUUGCUGCAUCAAAAAUGAAUAGUAGAAAUUAUUCUUCACAGUUUUAAUGAAAUUUCCUUUCAUCAGAGUUCUUAAGAAUCCAUUUGGUCAAGGAAAGUAAAAAAUUUAGCCUAUAUGCAGAAUUUGUUUCAUGAUGGAGAGUUGUUAUUGUGAUCAGUAAUGGACUAUUUAUAAUUAGAUAACCGAAAAACGUUUUGUGUGCCUCUCAAACAUUUGGCACCAUUUUUUGUCUGUAAUGAGAAAUGACUUUGUUGUAUAGACAAAAAUCCUUCAACUCUGUCACAAGAAGACAUCUCUAUCACAAUUAUGUUUUCCACAUCUUUUUGUUGUUGAUAUUUACUUAAAAGAGUUCAAACAUGUUGAAAAGCAAUGCAUAGUGUCCUAUUUGAUUUCAUUUCUGAACAACUCUUCCAAUGAACUGAGAUUGUUCAUACCUGUAUUUAUGCUUCAAAUGAUUCAAAACAAUUCAGUACACGUUAUAUUGGUGCUGUUCAUGUUCUGCUCAAAGACCAAACUUUUAUUUCAAACUGCCAAAAAAUUGUUUAAUCUGUUUAAAUGUCAUUUUUUUUUGUUUUGUUAUUUUGAUAUGACAUAUGACUGCCAUGACAAAACAUUCAUCACUAUUUAUCUACCGUAGUGAUAAUGAUGUUAAUUAGUCUUAUGAUAACAAUGUUAAUUAAUCUUAAUUAUUACUUAAUAUGUAUGAUGUGUACAUAAUAUAUAUCUAUGUACUGAAAACGUGAGCUAGAAACACGAGAAGUGUGAUCAUGUAGGCAAAAGGAUGAUUGAUUUGAUCUACUAUCAGUUUCCUGCGUUUUAAGAUUCCUGAGUUUUAAGAACCCUAUUCCAAUCAUGAUUUCAUACAAACUUGUUUCAACUCCUGAAAUAUAUUAUGAACAUGACAAUUUUUGAUUUUAAAUAGCUCCUGUCAGAUCAGGUAAACAUUGUCGAAAAUGAAUAUUUAGUCAAAAUAGUCCUCUUUUUUCGGCCUUAGAUUUUAGACCUCCACCCUUCUAGCAUGCACAAGGGUUUUAAGCGGUUCAAAUCUGGGCACAUGAAUCACUGAUGUCCCAAUUUAAACAGGUACGAAAUCUUGGUCGCAUUACUGUUAUUGAAGUCUGUCCAGUGUCUUAUAGACACAUAUACCUACAUCUACAAUUGUAUACAAUAUGUUAAACACAUAUAUGGUGUGAUGGUUGUCAUCUUUAGAAUAUUGCAUAAUGAUAAAAAGUGUAUAAUCCGAUCUGUAAGAUCCUGCUCUCUGUAACUUAAUAUUUAAUUGGGAUUUAGCCUAGCUAAUAAAACUUAAUAUGCGUUAUUUUUGAAUUGACAGUUAUUAUAGAUUACCUGGUCAUUACAAUGGAGGGUCGCAUGGGUACUUGAGAGGGUGGGAUAUGUACGAUAGAAGUUAAUUAACAUUGUACUUUGUGCCAUAAAGCGUUGCACGAGUUUUAGUGAAGUCGGUGUGUUGGGGGCAGGGUUGAAUUUUGAUAUUUUUCAACUUUUCUGCCAACAAUCAUCCGAUGGAUCAAUUACUGUCUUCAUUUAACUUGAUAAGAGUAUAGUGGGUGCAUCAAAUGCAGUAAUAUUGUAAUAUUACAAAAAAACAAAGGUAAAAAUAUUAAUCUGCUUGUAUUGAAUAUAUAUCUUAAUAUAAAUAUUCUUGUGUUGAUCGAUGAAUUGAAAUCAUAACAGUGGUACAUUAUUUUGUUGUAGCUUAAAUACGAGACACUAUAAACUGGAAUCUCUUCCCGAUAGGCUUUUUAAAAGAUGUCCUACUGUUUACAUUCACUGUAUGGAGGUGACUGUUAUAGGCAGGUUUUCUGUCUCAUAUGGUCCUUGGUUCUAAAUCAAUCCCAAUUCAUUGUCCUUUGUAGACAGCUGUGUCAUAGACAGUCAAGGGGAGAUAAUCCAUGAUUUUUAGCAGACUUUGUACAUGCUCCAUGACUAGUAUCAAUAACAGUACAGUUUAUAUAUAUAUGUGUGACUUCAUUCUCUUAUAUUAAUUUAAAUAUUUUCAAAAGCAAUUCUAUAUAUAUAUAUUUCAUGCAUAAUUGUAUGUCUAAUAGAGAUGGGCAAUGUUUAACUUUUAAGUUUUGUUUAUUUUGUUUAU